CAAACAUUCAAAUUCACCGGCUUCAAACGCGAUCGGAAAGCUGCUUCCUACUAAAUUAUUUCAGCUUCAUUAUUAAAAGUAACAUUUUUAGUUAUCAUUCAAUAAUUAGUUGUAGUAUCAGAUAAAAUGAGUAGUGUAAAUUCUCCAAACAGUAUUUUGAGUGAAACUCGUUCUCUGUCUCAAAGGAUGCGUUCAGCAUACGAUGUUUCCCAGAACACCGCUACAAUUGGCGAUGUCGCCGCAGCCUUGGAAGCCCUUCGAAACAACCUAUCUUCCCUAAUCGAGCAAGCAAAGAUUCGUAUCCACAAGGCCAGCGUUAAUCAAACGACACCACUCACGGAGAAGCAAGCUAAAAUGCUGAACGAUGCCAUCUAUUCGGCUUGCUCGAUAUUGCGGAAGCAUGAGCAACUGACCAACGCCCAGAAUCGGAAACGAUUGGAUCAAAAUGACACAACAGCAACACCGGGUCGGGUCAGUGGCGAAGAGUUCCAGGAGCAGAUGGCCAACCUCAGCAAACAGCUGAAUGCCGUCUCGAUUGAGAUGGCCAAGUUGAAACGGGCCAACGACAACAUCAUGAACAUCUACUCCAACUACAUGCUGGAAAACGAGGAGGAAUGCGAUUCGGAUGAAGAGGAUGACGACUCGGACAGUAAUGAGGAGAAUAAUACUAUGUAUAAGCGGGAUUAGCUUUAAUGUUUUCUGGGUAAGUUGAUGAUGGGUAAGUGUUCAAAUAUAUCUGUAUACUGUUGUAA